AGUCCGGACAUAUGCUUCGUUUCGAAAGGCGGUAAAGACAGACGUAUAAAGACUGCAGCUUCAUGACGGUGAUGCUCUCAUUUGCCACAAAUGGACUCGAAUACCAGUUCAUCUCCGCCUUCACUGCAAAAACGUAGUGCUAGGAUUCAUCCAAUUUUCUCAAUCACCCUUUUGAAACGCCGUAAAUUUUCAGUGAGUCUUCUCCUCCUCUGUUCUUUCAUCAGUGUUUCCCUCUUCGCCAAUCCCUGUGCCUCCGACGUUGUCUAUUCCUCCCAGAUCGUAUACUCUACUUACUGCAAUCACGUCGUCCCUGAUUCCCCCCUUGAAUCCCCCACCUUCUUGGGGGGCCUCACAGCCCAAAACCUUCGCUUGCAGUCUGCAUUCUUCUCUGGCGGCUCCGAAAUCCUCGGCAAAGUCUCUCAGUUCAAUUCCGGCCAGCCAAAUUACGUUAUGUUCAAUGCCCACAACGCACGUAAGACAUUGCAGAAUGGAACUUAUGCGAUCAGAGGGAAUUUGUUGUUUCAAACGCCUCAUAAUGCUGUAUAUAGACCCUCAGAUCACAGCAAAGUGUUUCAGGUCCGGGGACCGAGGUUUCCGGUGAGGCGAGGUGUGGCGAAUUUUAAGCUUAAUGGGUAUUGGUCACAAUCUACUGGGAAGCUUUGUAUGGUCGGAUCUGGGUCAAGCUACAAGAAUGCAAAAACUGGUAAUUUAGGAUUUUUUAAUGUUGUUCUUAAACUCGAUUAUCCGGUUAAUUCAAGUGCUUUUGAUAGUUUGGUGAAGGGGGUUUUAGAGAGUGUGGAUGAUAAGAGUAGUGGAACUUAUUUUGAACCUAUUUCAAUAUUGGGUAUGUCUAAAAUAUUGAGUUAUGAGUACAGAUUGAUUGAGAAGGGAAAUGAAUGUUUAAGUGGAAAUGACGAAGGAGAGAAUCUGCCUCUCAGUGCGGCAAGCAGAGGUUUGUGUAGGCUUCUCAGUCAGACCUCUCAUAAGUUUGAAUUGGAUUACGGGAGUAAUUGCCAUCAUGAAACUUGCGAUGUUCUUGGUGUUGCUGGUAAAUACAUGCCCAAUGUAAUGUUUUUCAAGGGUAUUAGGUGCAUUGAGAAUAAAAAAAUGCAGAUGUUGCUUGGUUUUCGUAAUUCUAGUACUGUAACCUACAGUUCUAGAUUUCCUUUUGAUCCUCAUACCACGUUGGUUGCUGAGGGAAGCUGGGAUCAGAAGAAGAACAGGCUUUGUGCUGUUGCUUGCCGAAUUAUGAACAUCACAGAGUCUUUAACUGGUGCGUUUGUUGGUAAUUGUUCCACUAAGUUGAGCUUGAGGUUUCCUGCAGUUUUGUCUCUAAGAAAUCAGAGUACAAUGUUGGGGCAAAUUUAUAUCGAUACAACAGAAGAUGGAAUGGGUUACUAUGGUAAGAUCACAUUUCGUAGCUUUUGGGGAGACCCAGUGGCUCUGCCUGGUGUCAAUUAUGAAUAUACUGAGAUCGAUAAUGUAGGAAAAUCUUGUUCACAUAAGACUUCUGAAAGUAGGGGGGAGACAUACCCUAAUGGGUAUUCUUUGGACAUGAGAUUUGAUAUGUCUGUGACAGAUAGCAAAGGAAAAUUAUCAAGAGGAUAUGCAUCCCCGUUAUUUGUGGGUGAUCAAUUAUCAUAUGCCAACUUAUUGUAUGGUCCUGGUAUUAAUCAUAUUGAGCCCCCACUCCGAUCAAAUGAAAACUACCAGAAUCUGCUAAAAAUCAGUUAUAGAUUGAGUUUCAAACCUGCUAGUUUCAUGUCCAAUCAUUAUACGUCUUUGUCUGAAGCAGUACAUAUAUCCGCUGAAGGCAUUUAUGACAGGAGCAUUGGUGUUUUGUGUAUGAGAGGUUGUAGACGCUUACGAUCAAAUGAUCUGAAAUUAAUGAAAAAUGAUUCAAUGGACUGUGGGGUUGUUAUUAAUGUCCACUUUCCUCCAUUGAAUGCAAAGGGCGGUGAAAGUGUCAAGGGAACCAUUAUGAGUACACGGAACAAGUCAGACCCUAUGUACUUUGAACGCCUGGAGUUGUCUUCAAACUCAAUUUACACUACGCAAGCUAAAGAAUCCAUUUGGAGAAUGGAUCUUGAGAUUACAAUGGUCUUGAUCUCCAAUACCCUGGCAUGCGUGUUUGUAGGCUUGCAGCUGUUUUAUAUGAAGAAGUAUCCAGACGUGCUUCCCUUCAUUUCUGUGGUCAUGCUACUGAUCCUUACACUGGGAUACAUGAUUCCUCUAAUAUUAAACUUUGAAGCCUUGUUUCUGGCAAAUCCUAACCAUCAGAAUGUUUUCCCUGGGGGAGGAGGAUGGCUUGAAGUAAAUGAAAUAAUGGUAAGGGUGGUAACAAUGAUAGCUUUCCUUUUGCAAUUUCGUCUUCUCCAGCUCACUUGGUCUGCAAGACAGAGUAAUGAUAGCCAGAAGGGCUUGUGGAAAUAUGAGAAAAAGGUACUCUAUGUUUCUUUACCAUUAUAUAUACUUGGUGGGUUGGUUGCUUUGUAUAUAUACUAUAUGAAGAAUUCUCACCGGAGCCCCUUUUUGCUACACCAUGAUGCUAUUCCUCCCCAACGGAAUGUGUACCAAAUUUAUACUCAGAGGCAUUUGUACCAACAACAUUCGCUCUGGGAUGGCCUCAAGUCUUAUGGUGGUUUGGUUCUUGACAGUUUCCUGCUUCCACAGAUUUUAUUCAACUUGUUCCUUGACUCGAGAGAAAUGGCUCUUGCUGCUUCCUUUUACAGUGGAACUACCCUUGUUCGAUUGCUGCCUCAUGCAUAUGAUCUUUACAGGGCUCACAUUUCUUCAUGGGUUUUUGAGUUGUCCGACAUAUAUGCAGAUCAUAAAGUGGAUUUUUAUUCAACUUCCUGGAACAUUGUGAUCCCCUGCGUUGGUUUGCUGUUUGCAAUGCUAAUUUUCUUGCAGCAAAGAUUUGGUGGUCGAUGCAUUCUUCCCAAGAGGUUUAGAGAGAGAGCAUCAUAUGAGAUGGUACCUGUAGUCAGCGGUGUGGAAUUGCAAGGAGAACAAAUUCAGAAGAAUUUCUUUACAUUAUAAUAUUGUAAACACAUUUCAUUGCAUUAAUUUACAUGGAGCUUUAGAGUUAUUCUUUCUAAUGCCAGUGCUACACUCAGUCAUUCUCUA